AUGUGGUCAACAGUAUAUGGAGUAUUUGCCGUAGCCCUUCUUGCCUUUGUUAUUAGAUCGUUACCUCGUUAUCUGUACAACCGCGCUCAAAGAAUGGCCUGGAUGCAAUGUUUAAUUAAGGGUCGAUGGCUCAACACCUCGACCGAGGAGCAUGCCAUCUCAGAGAGACGAAUGCUAGAGAUGGUGACCACACCCAUUGAGCAGAAGUUUGUCAAAGUCGGUCAAUACCAGAUAAAUACGAUAAAGACUGGUAGUGGUGAUCCAUUAGUUAUGGUGCAUGGCUUUGGUUCGGCACUUGGCUUUUGGUGUGCCAACAUUGACUUCCUGUCUCAAUAUUAUACAGUAUAUGCAAUUGAUGUACUUGGCUUUGGAAGAAGUUCAAGAUUCGAUACGACCAACAUAAAGACACCAGAACAGGCAGAGGAGUUCUGGGUCAACAUCAUGUAUGAGUGGACUGAACAAGUAGGUUUGGAUAACUUCAACCUGUUGGGUCACUCAUUGGGUGGCUACCUAUCGACCUGUUUCACAUUGAAACAUCCAGAGAAGGUAAAGUCAUUGGUACUUGCUGAUGCUUGGGGCUUUGCUGAGAAACCAAAGGACUAUGAACAGAAUGUUUCUUUGUUCUUUAAGUUCCUAUCAAAGGUUAUUGCACCACCAGUACCAUUAAGAUUGAUGAGGAAGUUUGGACCAUUUGGUCAAGAUUACAUUUACCUCUUCCGUCAAGACUUGCUGAACAAGUUCCACCAUCUUUAUCCAGAGGACGACCUAAAGUACAAUCCAGAACGUCCCAAUCGUGUGGCUGAAUACUUUUAUCACUCCAACACGCAGGAACCUGCGUCGGGUGAGUACUUGUUCAGUCUACUGGCGAUGGCCUAUGGAUUCGCUGCCAACCCACUCAUCAACAGAGCGUCAAUGAUCGCGCCAACUGUUGACGUCACCCUACUAUUUGGUUCAAACACUUGGAUCGAUCAAGCCACUGGUCCCAAAUUGAAGCAGGAGAUGAAGAACAUCAAGGACGUUGUCAUCAUUGAGGACAGUGGCCAUCAUAUCUAUAUAGACAACAUCCACCAGUUUAACCAAGCUGUUCUCAAGGCCACCGGCUAUCACAAUGAUGCACCAGCAGCAGCUCAAAGCUAA